AUGAGUGAUAUUAUUAAAACUUUAUUGUCACCAAAAGAAUUUAAAAAAUGUAAUGUUAUUUUUGAUGGUUCAGAGAGAAGGUUCAAGAAAGAAUGGAGUUGCUUUAAUCAAUCAAAUAGUUGGGUGCAACUAUUCCAUGAUAUUAUUAUUUUAUGUAAUGGUGUUAGAAGCUCAGUUUUAAUCGACUAUAUGGUACCGGAGUGGGAAGAUUUAGUAGAGUUUUUGGAAUAUCUCAAAUCAAAAUCUGAACUGGUUAAAUGUUUACCAAAUUUAACAGAUAUACAAAUAAUAUUUUUAGAUGAUUUCCUAUUCUUUUUAGUAAACAAAGCAAAACUAAAUGAAAGAGCUAUUCAAGACCAAUCCACUUCAUUUUCAAACUAUUUAUUUAUCGAUGUUUCACCAUCAAACGAAAAUCCACAACUUUGUAAUAACUCACAAUAUCAUAUUAAACUAUUAAAUAAUUUAAUCUCAGUAAUAAAUAAUAAUAAUAAUAAUAACACAUCAAUUAAAUUAAAUAACCACAAUGAUAUUUUAGAACUAAAUAAAAAUUACUACCCAAUUAUUUCAGGAUGGUUGUGUGAAUAUCCAAUUAUUUAUUGCAACAGUGGUUAUUUUCAAAAUUGUAUCAGUUUAAAUGAAAAUCUUAAUAAUAAUACAAUCAACAUUGAUCAAUUAAAUAAAGAUUGGGAAAAUAAUAAUUUAGGUGGUGAUGAAUUAAUAAAAAUUCAAGUUCAAUUAGAAGAACCAAUCAAUCAGUUUUUACCAAUAGAUAUUUUAAAAGUGCAAUCAAUUGUCAGAAUUUGUGCAUUUACAUGCCCACAGUCAUUAUUUAAAAAUGUUGAAUCCUAUUUAUCAAAUUAUGAACAAAGAAUAUUAGAGAGAUUUCAAAAUUCAACCUUCAAAAACUAUUGGAAAAAUAUAAAGUUUAUAAAAGAUGUAAUUUCAAAUCCCUCAAUCAGAUUGUAA